AUUUAAAACGGUUGCAAUUAUGAUACUUGUGAGUUGUGCGGAGAUGUCUCUGUCCGUGGUGCUGAAAUGUUUUUUCUUUAUCGUGACUGAGAAACGCAUUGCAGGAUGUCCAUUGUACUGAUCCUUUUUGAUUGACAAUCAAAUAUGUCAUUCGACUAUACCGAUACACACUGUAUGUUCAUCCAGCUAUAUGUUAUGUUGAAAAUGGUUUGAAAUAUAGCUGGUAAGAGUGAUUGUCAUUUGCAUCUCUGACGCAACUUUCAGGAAUCAAACUGAACGUCGUUAAGUCCAGGACGUUGAACUCUCAGACGGAACCCAGUUGACCCUUUCCUGUGGAUCAGUAUUUUACAGAAGCCUUAACGGUCAAUUAAUGUUGGAGCUAUAACGACGGGAACGCGCACUAUUUUUGGUUUAUAUUUGCAGGCAGGUGUGCGUUUGUGUGUGUGUGUGUGUGUGUGUGGUGCCAGCCAGGGUGGCGUGACUCCUGAAAUAAGUGAGGUUGGAAAAAGUGUUGUUCUUGCAUGAGGCGAGAGAGAGAAACCCAUUCUCAAAUUCGUAAAAGCGCGUGCACAACCAUAAGGAAGGAAGAUGCGAGCUCUAGGGGGCUGCAUUCCCAUUGACUGUUCCAUCUCCCUGUCAGUGGCAGCAACAUUAGCAGUGCCGAGGCAGCACUGAGAGAGAGAGAGCGAGGGGGAGAGAGAGAGAGGAAGGCAACACACAGACUCCGCCGCCUAACUUUACCACGGUCCAACAUCACCGAGCCCGUGUCCGGUGGCGCGAGGGCAUCACAGCUCAAAGCCAAUCCAUCCAGAGGGUCCCUCGGCUUGCUUGUCUCUUGGCGUGGAGAUGGGCUUCCCGUAAAACCGGCGGUGGUGGAGGGGAGAGGCGGGCCGGCGGGGGUGGGGGGAAGAAGCGAGAGACUAGAGAGUGAGGAGGUGGAGAAAAAAAGCCGAGGAGGACGAGAAACAAAAGCACAACCGUGGGUGCCUGCAACAACCAUGAGCAGCGGCGGCUUGCCCUAUUCACCAGAGCUGCUGCUCUACCCGUGGACUAUGUCGUGAGGUGUGGCUCGCAACGCUAAGCAGCAGGGAUUCAGUCAGUCGAAACGACAGUAGCAAGCCAAGGAGGGGUGCUGCUGGUGGAAAAGAUGUCGUCCGCCUCGGUGGGGCCCCAGGGCAGCCCUCGCCCACCCACCGCGCCGCCGACCGUCCCCGAACUGCCGGACCUCAGCCAUCUCACCGAGGAGGAGAGGAAAAUAAUCAUGGCCGUGAUGGAUCGGCAGAAGGAGGAAGAGGAGAAAGAGGAAGCCGUGUUAAAGACGCUGCACCAGCAGUUUGAGAGUUACAAGGAGCAGGUGCGUCGCAUCGGCGUGGAGACACGGCGCCAGCAGCAGGGCCAGCACAAGGACGACGCCCCAACUUGCGGCAUCUGCCGCAAGACCAAGUUCGCCGACGGCUGCGGACACCACUGCUCCUACUGCCAGACCAGAUUCUGCGCCCGCUGUGGUGGACGCGUCUCCCUGCGCUCCAACAACGAGGACAAAGUGGUAAUGUGGGUAUGCAACCUGUGCCGUAAGCAACAGGAGAUCCUCACCAAAUCGGGAGAAUGGUUUUCAGGGCCGGGGGCGAGGCAGAUGAGCCUGGAUGGCGGCCUGAACGCCCCGCCCACGGGGGGUGACAACCAACGGGGGGACAGGAAGCUACUCCGCUCCAGGUCCCAGGCCCCGCCCCCUUCCAGCGGUAACGCAGGGGCGGUGCCCGACGGAACGCAUCAGCCGCCAACGGUCCAGGCCAAGGGAGCAUUGGACACCAUGCCGGCGUCACGCGCUCGGAGCGAACCAUCACGAGACAAGAAAAGACCUCUGUCCCUCCAUGAGCAGAACGGUAAGCCCGGUGGUCCUGGUCGUGGUAGAGGAGGCCGGGGACCCCCAGGGAAGCUUCAGACCGUGGCCUCCCAGGAGGAGUUCUGUGGUCCUGGGGACACAGACUGGCGGGACGGCCGGCACCUGGAGAAGGUCCGCUCCCAUGACUACCCUGGCGGCGGCGACCAAGGAAAUCGCCCCGACCUCCUGAGACGCCCCCCGGAGGAGGAUGAGCUGGAGCGCAAGCGGCGCCAGGAGGAGGAGUUCCAGGCGCGUUACCGCAGCGACCCCAACCUGGCGCGCUACCCGGUCAAGCCGCAGAAGGAGGAGCAGGAGAUGCGCAUGCACGCCAAGGUGUCGAAGGUGCGCCACGAGCGGCGCCACAGCAACAACGCCAUCAAUGAGGUGGGGCUGGAGGGCGGGGGAGGAGGGGGAGGGAACAUGGGCGAUGUGCCUGAGAAUCGUCUCCGGAGGGGCGGUGGUGGGGGUGGUGGAGAACCGGAUCGCAAGGCAUCCUUGGAGAACCACCGCGCCUACUCCAUGGACAGGACCGUGGGGGGUGGUGGGGGUGGCGGAAUGGGGAAGGGACCCCAGGGAGGCUCCCCCCUCCUCAAACAGAACCAGAACCACGGACCCCUUCAACCAUCUGGUGGUGGCUCACGAACGGGCCCCAAUCCUGGUGCUCCUCACCCCCACCAAGGACCCCCCCCUCCAGCAGGCUGGGACCCCCCUAAGGGACCCCACCCCAGCCAGCUGGACCCCAACUCCCAGGCAGCCAUGAUGCACAAGGCUAGGAGGGAGAAGCCCGGGGACAGCCUGCUGCGGAAGGACUCCCAGAGCUCGGACCAGUCGGAGUCGCUGCGGCCGCCCCCACCCAGGCCCUACAAGAGCAAACGGGGCGUCAACAAGAGGCAGAUGUCUAUCAGCAGCUCAGAGGAGGAGGGCGCCUCCACGCCCGAGUACACCAGCUGUGAGGACGUGGACAUGGAGAGCGUCAGUGAGAAAGGUGAUUGGGACUGCCAUCCUCUGGAUCCUGCUAUGUGGCAUCAUCCAGUGACAUGGCAGCCGUCCAAGGAGGGCGACCACUUAAUCGGACGCAUCACUCUGAGCAAAAGGUCGGCCGUGCCCCGCGAGGCAGGCUCCUUACUAGGGUUAAAGGUUGUGGGUGGGAAGAUGACAGAGACAGGGAGACUGGGGGCCUUCAUCACCAAAGUCAAGAAAGGAAGUCUGGCGGACAUUGUCGGCCACCUACGAGCUGGUGAUGAGGUACUGCAGUGGAAUGGGAAGUCGUUGCCGGGAGCAACCAAGAAGGAAGUGUACAACAUCAUUCUGGAAUCCAAGGCGGAGCCUCAAGUGGAAAUAGUUGUCUCAAGGCCUAUUGGAUCUAUCCACCGCAUCAUUUCCAAUAACUUCUUGAGAAAGGUGUAUAGAGUGUAUCAAGACAUACCAAGAAUUCCAGAAACAUCACAUCCUCCUUUAGAAUCGACAGGCUCCAGUUCCUUUGAGUCUCAGAAGAUGGAGCGCCCCUCCAUAUCGGUCAUGUCCCCCACCAGCCCUGCUACCCUCAGAGCCCUCCCCGUCAUCCUGCCUGGACAGCUCUCUGUAAAGCUGUGGUAUGACAAAGUGGGCCAUCAACUGAUCGUCAACGUCCUUCAAGCCAUAGACCUGCCCCCCCGACCGGACGGGCGACCCAGGAACCCCUACGUCAAGAUGUACUUCCUCCCUGACCGAAGUGAUAAGAGCAAGCGCAGGACCAAGACGGUAAAGAAGAGCGCUGGGCCCAAGUGGAACCAGACGUUCCUGUACUCCCACGUCCACCGCAGGGACUUCAGAGAACGCAUGCUGGAGAUCACUGUCUGGGACCAACCUAGAAUACAGGAGGAGGAGAGUGACUUCCUGGGAGAGAUCCUGAUAGAGCUGGAGACGGCCCUGCUGGACGACGUCCCUCACUGGUAUAAACUCCAGACCCACGACGUGUCCUCUCUACCUCUGCCCCAGCCAUCCCCUUACCUCCCGCGCAGACACGCCUCUCACGACAGCCCCAGCAAGAAACUACAGAGGUCCCAUCGCAUCAUUGACACAGAGUUUGAUGAUACAGGUAUAGCGGUAGUAUCUGAAGGUGCAGAGCGUAACUCGAGGGAGAGGGAGAGGAACAGCACCCUGACUGUCCCAGAGCAGCAGAGACUGGCCCAGCACCGCUCCAGAUCUGUGUCCCCUCACCGUGAGGACAUAACAAGGGCCCGCUCCCGCCCUGCACACGUCCCCAUGCAGAGGAGUCUGGAUGAGAUCCAUCAGAACCGCCACCACUCCUGCUCCCCCUCUCGUUACCAUGACUCCCACGGGGAGCACCGCUCCGGGGACUCGGACUACGAGUACUCCGAGGACAGUGAGGUCCUCGAGAUGCACAGGUCUAUCCGAGGCGGGAGUGCCGAGUGCCUGCACACAAACAGUGAUCUGCAGCCCAGUCUGGACCGGGUGAGGAGUGCCAGCACCACCUGCCUCAGACCUGACACCAACCUCCACUCUCCUGAUAAAGACAGAUGCUCCAACUCUCUGCCCCGCAGACAGCCCACAGGCCCCAGGAUUUUAGUAGAGCAGGCCUCCCCAGAGGAAGAAAGGCAGUCAGGGAGCCUGGGCAGACCUGACAGUCAGAGAGGUAACAGCAAGAAAGGCCUGGAGGCUGACAGUCGUAUCCAGCCCACCUCUAUACUGAGGGGCAGUAGGGGGAGAGGGGGACCGCUGCGCCCCUUUAACCAGACACCCCUGGGGGGAUCUGCCCCUAACUCACCACGACAGGACAGAACACACACCCACAGCCCCUCCCCUCCUACGGGGACUCCCCAGUCAGGUCGCAGGGGCAGACAGCUGCCACAGGUUCCUGCCAGAAGCAGCAGUGUAGAGCAAGCUCUAGCAGUAGAGGAGCGAGCCAGACAGAUGAACAUGAAAGUACAUUCCUACCGGCCUUCAGGCUCCCAUGACCCCGAGACGAACCUCAAGACCAAACGAGAGAUGUAUGCGGAUCAGCGGCGGAGCUCUGACAACGUGUCGGCCCGCUCGUCAGACAGCGACAUGAGUGACGCGUCGGCCCUAUCCCGCGCCAGCAGUGCCUCACGCCUCAGCAGCACCUCCUACAUGUCCAUCCAAUCAGAAUGCCCGCGCGGGCGGCUCAGUCGGCAGGUUCGUGCGGCGCCGGGCCGGACCAUGCUGAAGAGCACAAGCGUGAGCGGUGAGAUCUACCCGUCAGAGCGCACUGACGGCAGCCAAUCAGAUACGGCGCUGGGCACGGUGGGCAUGGGUGGCAAGAAGAGACGCUCCAGCCUCAGUGCCAGGGUGGUCUCCAUCGUCUCCAACAGACGUAGUCGCAGCACGUCGCAGAUCGUCGGCCCAGAGGGGAAGGGGAAGAAGGAGAAGGGUGCGUCCAUCCAGAGGAGCACAGAGACGGGCAUGGCUGUAGAGAUGACCAGGAACAUGAGUCGACAGUCCAGUAAAGAGUCCACCAACGGCACCAUGAACAGCUGCAACUCCGAGGGAAAUCUGCUUUUCGGUGGGGUGCGUCUGGGACAGCCAGGCAACCAGUUCAGCGACUUCCUGGAUGGUCUGGGUCCUGCCCAGCUGGUGGGCAGACAAACGCUGGCCACACCUGCCAUAGGUGAUAUUCAGAUCGGAAUGAUGGACAAGAAGGGUCAGCUGGAGGUGGAGGUGAUCAGAGCUCGGGGCCUUGUACAAAAGCCUGGAUCCAAAUCCCUCCCUGCUCCAUACGUCAAGGUCUAUCUGUUGAAUAAUGGAGCGUAUGUAGCCAAAAAGAAAACCAAGAUUGCACGGAAAACGCUGGACCCGCUGUACCAGCAAGCGCUGCAAUUCGAGGAGAGCCCACAGGGUAAAGUCUUACAGGUGAUCGUCUGGGGAGACUACGGACGAAUGGACCACAAAAGCUUCAUGGGAGUUGCACAAAUCCUAUUGGAGGAACUAGACUUAACAAGCACAGUGAUUGGCUGGUACAAGUUGUUCCCACCCUCCUCCUUAGUGGACCCCACACUAGCCUCUCUGACUCGACGUGCUUCCCAGUCGUCAUUGGACAGCUCCUCGGGCCCACCGGGCACCCGAUCCUAGUGGACCAAUAGGACUACAGCUACCAAUCUUAAUGGACCAAUGGGACUAUGGCUAGCCUACCGCUUUGUGAAACGAAUGAACGUCACCUUAGAGAUUAACGGACAAAAAUUAUUCUAGAACAACAACAAUCAAGAAACAGAGUCACAAUGAUUAACAAAAAAGCUUUGUUGAGAUCUGACAAUCACUCCUGGCAUCGUUUAAUCUCUUUGUUUGUUUUAGAGAGCGUUAGAUUUCAGUGUUUCAUUCCAGUAACGAAUUCGUCAUCGUUUUUUCGCGGUUGUAAUCUAAGAACUAGGGCUGUGGGUAAUAAACAAUGUUCAGAAGCUAGGUAAGGCUGUACUGGAGUCGAGCGGUAAGGAGACACUCGAUUAAUUGAAGAAACUAAGUAGAAAUGUAAAUGUGAAAGGAAGCAGGGUGGUAGUUUUUAGUCAAACCAUCAAUAAACAAAGAAAUGUAUGUUAGCGUCGGAAUGUAUGGACCCAAGACAGAGGUGUCAUCCUCCUUGUCUCUCAGGGGGUGCCAUAAUGUCCUCUCCGCAGUGGCCCCCAUCCGGCCCCCAAACAGACUGCCAGCACUUCGGCUCCCAGGGCAGAGUGCUUCUGAGUGGGGUCGGUCCGGGCAAGCAGGGGUCUCCUUCUGGUGCCUAGACUUUGUGGAUUCACAUUACUGGUCCUUCUUUGUCAAAAUAUCAUUUUUUGUUUUCAAUAUGUUUACCAUGGCUGGUCCAAGCCGCUCUCUCGUUUUUGUCUUUGGUACGUUUGACUUUUUUUUCUCAGUUUGUUACUUAUGGCACAAAAAAAUGUUUUUAUGAUGAGUAUGAGGUUUACGAUGCGUUGUCUGAUGUAUGCAUGGUGAAGAAUAAAAAGACACAAGGAAAAAAUACGAAAUAGAGAAAAAAAGUGUCUGCAAUGAGAUGCAGGGGACUGUUCAGUGACACAUCUUAAAUGACGAUUUUUACACUUGACGAUGAGAUUAGUGUGGGAUUACAAUGUUGUUUUCUUCGUUUAGUCACCUACAAAAAGUCCAACCCAGUUGUCUUUGUAUAGAUGUAUAUUAGACCUCCAAGGAGGUUGACCAAUAAAUAUAAUUAUACAUUUCAUUUUGAACUAUCAGCAGGGUGUCAACAAGUCACUGUAAAAAAAAGAGAUCUUUGUCCACAAUCACGAGAACUUUCAUUUAGCUGUUUUCCUGGAGCAUCCUUCCCCUCACCCCAGCACAUGUUUAGGGGUUUUAUCCAAAACUUCACUUUACAUUAUUUUGAGAUUCAAAAAGGGAAGCAAAAUAAGAUAGAUUUUUUUUUUUAUGGCCAAAAGUUAAACUUUUUGAGAAAAAAAAAGUGAAUGAAAAAAAUAUAAAAAUACUGCAAAUGUAAUUAUUUGGUUCAUUUCAUUUCUUCUUUGUCUCGAUUUUUUGGAAAAACAAAAAACAUCCGUUGCUCAAAUUUCCCUUCUGCAUCUUUGUGAAUGUGAAAAGUAACCAAUCAGAUUGAGCUUUCCGGACAGGAGCACCAAUGCUCCUCCUUCGUCAGGCCCGCUGACUCCUGCCACACCAAAAGGGGACGUGGCUCGGCAUGACUCGGAUCUGUUCCAAGCUGCAUGCACAUUUUGUAAAACAAAAGCGAUACUGAAAAAAAGAAGAAGAUUGAACUGAACUAGAGAUGUGUGUUCGUUCCAUAUACCCGUAGGCCCGCUUGUAUGUUGCAUGCACUUGUACAGUUUGCUCGUACUUAAAUAUAAAGAGAAACCGAAGCCAUUCACAUCACGCGAAGACAUUCGAAAUGAUCAGCUGCAGUCAAGUCUAGUCCACAUCCUUCAU